AUGGCUGUGAGGGCAGAGUUGGAAAACCCCAUUGCAAUGCAAAAUAAACCAAAAUUCGCCAAAAAGUUUCUAGAUCUAUACAAGUCCUGUGUUGCUUCCCAGCCAUUUGCUGCCAAAGAUUACAUGGAUUUUUUGAACCAGAUGGAGGGAAUAAAUUGGCUAUUGCCAGCCAAUAAUGAAACGGAACCGACAGAUUAUGAUUGGUUGCAAAUAUUUGCCAUGUCCUCUAAAUAUAGAAUGAAUGAUAUUUUGGUGGAAGAAUAUAUGGCAGCCAACGAAAAGGAUCCACCCCACUUGGCCAUACAUUUGAGGAAAUAUUCUCGGGAGUAUGGUUUUAAAAAAAUAGCACCCCGGGAUGUGAUUCAUUUAAAUAAAACCAUGGAUUCGGCCAAAUAUCCCAAGAAUUUCUAUAAUGAUAUUCGAAAGUUUGAAAGGAAGCUAAUACGUAUUGAAAAUCUCGAAUAUCCAGCCGGUUCCAAGGAAACAAUACAAUUACGAAAUUUACCAUUCGAAUGGUUGAGAAAAUAUCUAAAAUACCUGUUGGAACCGGAACUCACACUAGAUCCCCAGAUGCACGUGAUAGUGAGUGAUGUGGAAUAUUUAAAAGCUUUAGAUGAGCUUUUAAUGACUAGCGAUGGGAGAUUUUUACGUCGAUAUAUGGAAAUGCGUUUCCUUAACAACUUGCGAAAAAGUGGCCGGCACCUGGGAGAAGAAAUGCAUUGCGUGGGGGUGGCAGGGGACCAUAUGCCAUUAGCAAUGCAUUGGAUCUAUGAAGAUAUACACCCAUUGGACGCUAGAACAGAAGACGAAAUCCAGCAAAUGUUCUCAAAGAUAUUGCAACAAGUCAUCAGCGCCACACGUCAUGUUCAUCACUCGAAUGUUGUGGAUCCGGCAACUUUGGAAAAUUUGAACAAGAUCCGUUUGAUGAUUGGAAAUCUACCCAGACCAAACACCACUGAAAUUCUAGAGGAAUACUAUUUUGACUUUACUGUUCAGCCCGAAUUCCAUAAAAACCUAUUAACCCUAAAACAACGUCAUGCCAAACAAAUGCUGCAAGCUCUCGCCAUGCCCGUGCCCAACUCUCAAUCUGCCGGCUUUAAUGAUAUACUUGAAAAAUUACACCCAAUGGCUGUUCAUGAGCCGAUCUAUUUUCCAAGCUAUAAUCUAAUGCUCUUACCCAGCUAUUUGCUAAGGGUGCCAGUGUAUCAUCCGGAAUUUGAAGACAUUUUUAAGUACAGCUUUCUGGGUACGACACUGGCCUCAGCAGUAUAUUCGUCACUUAGCUUUAGCGGUCUCGAUGAAGAGCAUAGGGAAAUGCUCAUAACUAUGGGUGGCAUACACACGGCCUAUGCCCUAUUUUUCGCUAACAAUACUGAGGAGGAGCAUUUGAGGUUUAAGGGCGAUCUUAAGGAAUUGUCGUUGAAAAAAGUGUUCUUUAUCAAUGCCAUGCAGCUGCAUUGUGGCGAUGUUGCCGAAUUUGACUUUAACGAAGUUUUUCUAUAUUUGCCAGAUUUCGUAAGGGUUUUUGAUUGUAAAUUCCAAAAACUUAUGAACAUUUUUUGA